CCGCGCGGGACCGUUAAAUUUGAAAGUUGGCGGGUGGGGGUGAGGGCUUGAGGUGGCUGUUUGGGAGGGAACUGGGUGCGUGUUUUUGUCCUGAGGCACCCUCUGGUUGCGUCGGUAGCUCUAAGGGCAGAUUGCAGAAAGAAGACAGGACGUUCCCGCAUCAGGACGAGGGCUUGGGCCGGGAAUGCAGGAUGGCGGCGACGAGGAAGGAAGGGGGUGCUCUGAGUGACGCCAUGUGCCUGGAGGGAGAUGAAUGGGAGCUGAGCAAGGAAAACGUGCAACCCUUAAGGCAGGGGCGGAUCAUGUCCACACUUCAGGGAGCACUGGCACAGCAGGACUCUGCCUGCAACACGACUCUUCAGCAGCAGAAACGGGCAUUUGAAUCUGAAAUUCGAUUUUACACUGGAAAUGACCCUCUGGAUGUUUGGGAUAGGUAUAUUAGCUGGACAGAGCAAAACUAUCCUCAAGGCGGGAAGGAGAGUAACAUGUCCACAUUAUUAGAGAGAGCUAUAGAAGCACUACAAGGAGAAAAACGGUAUUAUAGUGAUCCCAGAUUUCUCAGUCUCUGGCUUAAAUUGGGGCACUUAUGCAAUGAGCCUUUGGAUAUGUACAGCUAUUUGCACAGCCAAGAGAUUGGCAUUUCACUUGCUCAGUUCUAUAUCUCAUGGGCUGAAGAGUAUGAAGCUCGAGAAAACUUUAAGAAAGCGGAUAUGAUAUUUCAGGAAGGAAUUCAGCGCAGGGCUGAACCACUGGACAGACUACAGUCCCAGCACCGACAAUUCCAAGCUCGGGUGUCUCGACAGACUCUGCUGGCACUUGAGAAGGAGGAUGAGGAGGAAGUUUUUGGAGCUUCUGUACCACAGCGAAGCACACUGGCAGAGCUGAAGAGCAAAGGGAAAAAGACGGCAAGAGCACCAGUCAGCCGUGUCGGAGGUGCUCUCAAGGCUCCAAGCCAGAACAGAGGACUUCAAAAUCCGGUUCCUCAACAUAUGCAAAGUAAUUGUAGAAUUACUGUUUUUGAUGAAAACACGGGUGAGGCUUCUCUAGCAGAGUUGUCUAAGCCUGCAGUCCAGCCAUGGACAGCACGCCCUGUGGCCAGGGCCAAAGAAAAUGAGCUGCAAGCAGGCCCUUGGAACAUAGACAGGCCCUUGCAAAACAAGCCUCAUGAUAAUACAGCUUUUGUGACAGUUGGGCCCCCUGUGCGUCCCAGUUUUACUCCAUAUGUGGAAGAGACUGCACAACAACCCGUUAUGACCCCAUGUAAAAUUGAACCCAGUAUAAACCAUGUUCUAAGCACCAGAAAGCCUGGAAAGGAAGAAGGAGACCCCCUGCAAAGGGUUCAAAGUCAUCAGCAAGAGUCUGGAGAGAAGAAAGAGAAGAUGAUGUACUGUAAGGAGAAGAUUUAUGCGGGAGUUGGGGAGUUCUCCUUUGAAGAAAUCCGGGCUGAAGUUUUCCGGAAGAAACUAAAAGAGCGAAGGGAAGCUGAGCUCUUGACCAGUGCAGAAAAAAGAGCAGAGAUGCAGAAACAGAUCGAAGAGAUGGAGAAGAAGCUAAAAGAAAUCCAGACUACUCAACAAGAAAGAGCAGGUGAUCAGCAAGAAGAGAAGGCGCCUACAACAGAGACAGCUAAGCCACUAAUUGCUUCCGAGUCUCAGGAAACACAAGGAACAGCUCUCCCCAGAUCUGUUUGUCCAGGAAACUCUUGUGUCAGGCAAACUUCACUUGCAGAAAACAUUUGGCAGGAACAGCCUCAUGCUAAAGUCUCUUUUUCUGUAGAUUCCAGUACACCAUUCUCCAUUUUUGAUGAGUUUCUUCUUUCAGAAAAAAAGGAUAAAAGUCCUUGUGCAGAUCCCCCAAGAGUUUUAGCCCAACGAAGACCCCUUGCAGUUCUCAAAACUUCAGAAAGCAUCACCUCAAAUGAAGAUGUAUCUCCAGAUGUUUGUGAUGAAUUUACAGGAAUCGAGCCCCUGAGUGAGGAUGCCAUUAUCACAGGUUUCAGGAAUGUAACUCUUUGUCCCAACCCAGAAGAUACUUGUGACUUUGCCAGAGCUGCUCGCUUUGCAUCCACUCCCUUUCAUGAGAUAAUGCCCUUGAAGGAUCUCCCCUCUGAUCCUGAGACACUACUGCAAGAGGAGGAUCUAGAUGGGAAGACCCCUGAGGACCAGCACACUGCCUGUGGCACUCUCUACAAUCAGACUCUCAGCAUCAAGAAGCUCAGCCCAAUUAUUGAAGACAGUCGUGAAGCCACGCACUCCUCUGGCUUCUCUGGAUCUUCUGCCUCGGUUACAAGCACCUCUUCCAUCAAAUGCCUUCAAAUCCCCGAGAAACUGGAGCUUACUAACGAUGCAGAAAAUCCUACACAGUCACCCUGGUGUUCACAGUAUCGCACGCAACUACUAAAAUGCCUGCCAGAGUUAAGUGCUUGUGCAGAGUUUUCCAUAGAAGAUCGACCAAUGCCUAACUUAGAAAUAGAGAAAGAAAUUGAAUUAGGUAACGAGGAUUAUUGCAUUAAACAAGAAUACCUAAUGUGUGAAGAUUAUAAAUUAUUCUGGGUGGCACCAAGAAACUCUGCAGAGUUAACCAUAAUAAAGGUAUCGGCUCAACCUGUCCCAUGGGACUUGUACAUCAACCUCAAGUUAAAGGAACGUUUAAAUGAGGAGUGUGAUCAUUUGUGCAGCUGUUACCAAUACCAAGAUGGCUAUAUUGUUUGGUACCAAUAUAUAAACUGCUCCACCCUGCAGGAUCUUCUCCAACACAGUGAAUUUAUUACCCAUGAAAUAACAGUGCUGAUUAUUUAUAACCUUUUGGCAAUAGUGGAGAAGCUGCACAAAGCAGAAAUAGUCCACGGCGACUUGAGUCCGAGGAGUCUGGUUCUCAGAAAUAGGUUGGUCCUUUUCGUUCUGCUGCAGUUCUGUCAGCUUUCUCUCGAGACAUCCUGCCGUUUUUAAUGUCUUCUGAUAAAUGCCAUGUCAGCAAGCACAUUAUGUUGAGAAGGUUUGCUCUUAUAUUUAAAAUGUAAUGUCAAAAAUAAAUAAACAUUGGAAAUAGUUAAAGGCAUUCAAAGAAAACCACACGUUAAGGAAAUAUAUGGAUUCAGAAAAAAAAAUUGACCAGUCUAUAUUGUGAUGAUUCAUUCAAAAAGCAAUCUAAAACGUGAGUAUUUUGAGGCACAUGAAGUAGGGGAUUUGCUCAUUCUGCAGGUGGGACCAGUACCAUUCACGCAAGGAUGUUAGCAAAAUGGAAGCACUGCUCGGUUUCUUAGGCCAAAGUUUUAGCCCACACUGAGGUGGUAGCCAAAAGAGGUUGGUAAAACCAGAGUGCAAAUACAAGUUAUGCCACAAAAGGGGGCUUAGUAUUUCAAUUAAAUCCAAUGUGCCCAUCAGGUUCAAGGGGAGCACAGAGCAGGAAGUAUGGAAUGAAGUGCAAAUACUAAGGCCCAAAAAAUACAGAAAACAUUGAGGCAUGAACGAAGUAAAGAUAGCCCACGAUUUCAGUUUUGGGAAAAGGAUCAGAGAAGCAGCCUACCCUUUCAGUGAUCAUUGGCUUCAUGGUAUCUUAGGAGAGCAGUCUGGCUUCGAGAUGCUUUGUUGGCCGCUUGUCUCUCUCUAACUUUCUUCCUAAGGCUGUUUGUGCACACUGAUAGCUGGAGUCCUUUACGUUUCUUUUGGCUUCCUAAUCUUUAAGAAGAGACUGAACUAGACUCUAAAUCGGGGUGGGGAACAUCUGGACGACGGGCCCUGUAAGGCCUACAGAGUCAUUUGAUUUGGUCUGGCCCAGGCCAGGCAACCUCAGGCAGGACUUGAAAUUCAGUAAAUCUAGAACAGGCUAAAUUUUAAGUUGAUAAUUUUGUAUGGCCCACGAAUGAUGCUAUAAAUAUCCAAAUGGCUCUUUGCAGAAAAUAAGUGUCCUCACCCUUGCCCUAAAUCAUAGGGCACGGAAACGAAAAGCACCCUUGAUGUAUUUCAGCAAGGGUAACCAAAAGAAGCAAAAUCCCACCUUCUCUCCUUCGGGGCAGUCAGAAAGGCUUCCCCAGACACAGUGUAACAGCAUUUCUCAUCCAGGCCAUUUAGGAUGAGACCAUUUUUGGUGCAGGCUUGUUCCAAGCUUCACAGGAUGUUUUAUAUCCCUGCUCCCUCAAAACUCCAUCCACCCACCUAACUAAGGGCAAGGAACAUUCCUCCAGCCUUUGUGACCACUGACAAAUCCCCCACGUUAAGCACAAAAGCUCAGAGGCUGAUGCUAGAAUUCUCAGGGCUAUGGGAAUUGGAAGCAGAGGUAUUUCCUAAGCCUUUUUAAAGUUGGGCAUCUGUGGCCUGCCUAUUCAGAUAGGCCUUCUCUCAGCCACCAGGGACUCCAGGAAAGGAUUCAGUAGUAAAGGGAUGUUUACCUUUGUCACUGCUUCUCAAAUAUGAAGGGAAAUUUCAUAUAAAUUCACAAGGAAUUAAUAGCCAGAAAGAACCUUUGAAAUCACUUAUUUCAGUUUCUACUCUUUUUUGUUAUUUUCGUUGUUAUAAGGAAAAUAAGAUCCCAAAAUGUAGAAAGUCUUGCCCCUGGACACAGUGAGUUAAUAGGAGCUGAUUAGGAAGCUCAUGCUUCCUUUUAUUAAUGUAAGAA